UCGAAAAACUACGACUUUUUAGAGAAGAUAGCGGCUUAACAGAAAUUGCUUUGAAAUGGAUGUUAUAACAGGCUUUUUCAAACUAAAUACGAUUUUAACAGUGUCGCAAAAUGUGAAUUCAUUGCCUUUCGGGAAUGUAAUGUAAUGCUAAACAGAUAUUUACAAUGGAUUAAUUGAGGGUUUUUUAGCUUGUCAAGGUUCGUUUAAAAGGUGAUAACAGAAGAAGUAUGUUGCAUUUUUCCAGGAGGGGUUUCGUUGUUUUUAAGGUCAACAAAUGCAUAGUGAAAACAAUAAGUCAAUAUACACGUGCCGCAUUCUAAAAGUCAUGCGCGCUAUUAACGUUAGGAUUUUUUUUUUCGGCGAGAGCAAAACGAAGCAACAAAACGUUGAGACCACAAUAACACCAAUAACAUUACUGCACUCUGAGGACAACACUACACGUACCCAACAUUUUGUUUUCACGCAUAUGAGGCUACGGUAGUUUAAUUAGGCCAUAUUGCCUAAUUAGACAAUAUGAUAUAGACUAUCCGAUUUAUAACCAAGGGUGACGCAUAUAGCUAGCUGGUACACUUUAAUUAUAUAGCUAACUAUAUAGCUACAUGUAUUUUUGCUUCACACACAGAUAAUUAGUAAUUUAUUGUUACGACAGGAAAAUUUGUGUUGGCAAAAAAUGUUUGGAUAAAUUUGUUCUGUUUAUUAGGAUCAAUAUUAUAGGCCAAAAGCAAGAAUUAUUCUUGUGUUGUUUCAAAAAGUUAGCUAGCUAUAUACAGCGAGAAUUAUUCUUGUACUGUUUCUAAAGUUAUACAGCAAGUUAUUUUGGUCCUAAAAAUUAUGUUUACUAGUCGUUAACCUGUAAAAUAAUUCACAGAAACUCAUACAUACAUUAUUUUUGUGCAUUUUUGUUGUUGCGGUACUUGGAAUAAAGCUGCGAUGCAACCAUUUUAAACAUACAAAAUACGGCUGUUAUUAUAGAAAUUUUUAGCGUUAUUUUAGUGUUUGCUGUGUAGUCCUAUAAGACGAUAUAAUAUAAGUCAUAUACAAAACUUUUUAUGGUUUUUAUCAUAUAUAUAUAUUUAGCUAAAGACUUUCCCAACAUGAAAAUUUUUCACAAGAUCAAAACAAGGGAGGGUGUUACGGCAAGCAUAUCAUGCCAUAUUAAAAAAGAACUACUUUGGUCAUCACUAACAUACUGCCUGGUAGCGAACGGAUUUGAUCAAUGAUCCCUAGAUUUAGUGAUGAGAUGUGCAUAUUUUACAUGGCUGGCCUUACAAAUAUCGAGGGAUAUACCCUGUAUAUUAUUUCCAGGAGGGACCAUGGCUUAGAUGGAGAGUCCUAGAGUAUUUAAUGCUCUUUUGGAGCUACGUAAACCCAAUUAGGGCCCGUGCUCUACUAGACAACUCCCGGCAACAUCCAACGGCCCACAUAAUGUGCCAUCUUCCCAAUUUACUUACAUGGCUUGGGUUAUCCCGGGGCUAUGUUAACAUUCACUUGUCCGUGUUGAAUCGCUGUCAAGAGGAAUCGAACCCCGGUCUCCGGCAUAACCACUAAUCUACGGCGCCACGGACAAAUCUACUACACUAUGGCAGCAAUGUUAGUGAUGAACUCAGAUAGUUUAUCAGGAUGGUGUGUCUACAUAGGUGAAUCUUUAUUAUAGCACAUUCGUUUUGUUUUCAUUGUAUUUUUUACUAUUUUGGUGAUAGUUCAUGUACUUUUGCUAAAGAUGGUAUAAAAAUAUCUUUUGGUUGAUGAUAUUGGAUUUUAUGUAUGCAAUUAAGACCUGAAAACAGUACCUUCAAUUCUGUUCACAGGAGCAUUAAAAUUAUUUAAAAUUUAUAAUGAAAAAAGUGCAAUACAGCAAGCAUACCCUGCAUUGUUUUUGCAUAGAUUUUUCCAUCAGGUGGUCUGUUUAACAACAGUCUUAAUAAAAUAUUAAAUUUUCAUUAGUGUAUUUUUGUAAACAACAAGGAGAAAAACAUAUAAUAAUCAUAACGAAGGAGGGUGUUACGACAAUCUGUCUUGUUCAUUCACUGGCACCACGGAAAUAUAAACGGUCAGUCGUAUCCGGCCUAGUUCAUCGAAUACAUCGAGCGUGUAGCACAUGGUCGAAUUUUCACCAAAGUCUAGAAAAAGGUAAAACUGUUCUUGAGAAAAAUCAAUAUCCGAAAGCUUUCUAUGACCCGAUAAUUUAAAGUACGAUAUCUAAGAUUAUGGAAAAUAAUGAUAACGAGAAUCCUGAUGAAGAAAACGAGAAAGAAGAGUCUGAAGAGAAGAUGAUUUUCAUUCAAUAUCGUGGGCGAGUUUCGGAGAAAUUUGAAACUUCUAUGAGAAAGUUGAAUAUUCCGUGUAAAAUUAUUUUCACAUUGAAAAAGUUGAAAAGUUCUCUGCCUCCAUUGAAACCUGUAAUUGAAAAAUGUUUCAAAAGUUGUUUGGUAUACAAAAUAGAAUGUCCACGAUGCAACUCGUGCUAUGUCGGACAGACGAGCCGACAUUUAAUCAAACGACUUAAGGAACAUAAAAGAACUGGUCCGGUGGGAAAGCAUUUCGACGAUUGCAAUAAUCUUUUAACAAUGGAAAAUGUAUCAAUUUUAUGUUCAUCAACACGGAACGUUUAUCAUUUAAUGACUCUUGAGGCGUUAAUGAUCAAUUACAUCAAACCGGUUUUAAAUACAAAAGACGAAUAUAGAAGCAGAGCAUUGACCUGAGGAUGGAUAAUGUUUAUCCGAAAUAUAUUGUCAAUAAAAAAUAAUAAACAUACUCAUUGUUGGUCCUAAUAUUG